AUGACGCCAAGAACCACCCUCCUCGAACCCGUCCGUUCCCUCUGCAAUGCCUUCACCACGCACGCACCAGUCUCAACCCUCCUCUCAACGUUCACCACUCAACCAACACCGCUAGUCCACGAGCACGGCCUCCCCCAACUAGCCCCCUUCCUCGGUCACACCUUCAGUGGCACAGACGGAGUAGCGCGGUAUUUUGAACUCCUCGCGGACCUAAUAGAGAUCUCAGACGUGACCUUCGAACCAGACGACAACUGGCUCGUCGACGACGCAUGCAUGUGCGUCUCGCUGCGUGGGUCUGCGACUUUUAAAUGGAAGGCCACCGGCCAGGCAUGGGAUGAGACUUUCAUGUACCGCAUUGCGUUGGCGACAGAUGCGAGCCGUGACCCCGGGAAGAAGGGGAAGCUGCUUGUUUGGGAGUAUAUGAUUUGGGCUGAUACGGGUGCCGCGUAUCUGGCCAGAUUGGGGCGGUUGGGCGAGCUGGUUACUGGAGAUGGAGAGGCGGGGAUGGGGAAGGGGAAGGGUGUUGUGGAGGGGAUUCAUGUCCCUGGAAUAGACAAGGUAACGACGGACGGGGCGGAGGGGACGGAGACGAGGAGUAGUCGGGAUCGAAAGAGGAGUGGGUGUCAGGAUGUGCUCGGUGGAGGACUAAAUGUGUACGGAUCUUGUGGAUGA